GAAGCGAGCCAUCUCUCGCAGUCGGCAUUCAGCAUCAACUAGGCCUGGCGUCACAGGCGGGCACAUCAUUGAGCACUAUUUUCUGACUCAUGCAACUUCUUGCAGCGACGAGUCGGUACAACCGCAAUCAUCGAUCACAUCAUCUCCUGGCGAUCUUGCAUCGAGGCAACACAGCACAACCUUUUUCUGGACACCCGCACCAUCUCUCCGCCAUCCUUUGCACAUUGGUUUUUCUCACAGCAUCAACAAUGCAUCGCAGCAUGAUUUCUUGCUACGCCGCAUUGCUAGCAUGUGAGAAGACAGGCUGAACAGGGUUGGGUUGAUCAGUGGGUAAUGUGAGAGAGGAACUCCGUGUAUAGUGUGGUGGUAGUCUGACUGGAUAGCUACCAUACAAAAUGUCUCCAAACAACCAGUGCUUGUGAUUUCCACAUGUA